AUGUCGUCGUCGUCGUCACACGUCAAGAUAGGCGUCUUCAUCCCCAACGGCGCCCAGUUCCUCGACGUCGCGUGCGUCGAUUCCCUAGGCACCAUGGACAAGGCGUACCUCGACGCCAUCCCCUUUGUCCCCGCGGCCGUUUCUUCCCUCGCGCCCGACGUGUCAGUCUACUACAUCAGCAGCCCGGCGCAGGGGCCCGACAUCCCCCUGACGUCGGGGGCCGUGGUCAGAGCCACGCACGUGUACACGGACGAGGACGUGGCGCCCGGCCGGCUGGACGUGGUGGUCGUCCCGGGGCCCGACCCGGCAGAGAAGUUUGCAGACGAGGGACUCGCGUGGCUGCGCCGACACUCGGAGACGGAGGGCGUCGACGUGCUGAGCAUCUGCACCGGCUUGUUCGUCUGUGCGGCCGCAGGCAUCGCCGACGGCAGGAGGGCGAGCGGGCCCAAGGAGCUGCAGCGUCAGCUGAGGGCGUCGUUUCCGGGCCUGCGUCUCGUCGGCGACAAGUACCGGUGGGUGCGGGAUGGCAGUUUCUGGUCCAGCGGCGGCGUCACGAACGGCAACGACCUCGUUGCCGCGUAUGCCCGGGACAGUGGCCGCUGGGCCCGGCCGGUUGUCGAGGCCGGCCUUGGGAUAACCGAGGUUGGCGACCGGGGCCAGUUCUACUGA